AUGACUUCCCCGGCCUUCCUGGGUGCCCUGUGCCUGGCGCUGAGCUGCUUGGGCAGCGCGCGCGGGCUCGCGAGGAGUGACGACCUUGAGUGGGGCAAGCUAAUCAUGGUUCACCACUGGCCUGCGACCGUGUGCCAGGAAGUUCGGGGCCACUGCAAAGACCCUCCGAGUUACUGGACGAUACAUGGAUUAUGGCCCGAUAAAAGUGAAGCAUGUAACCGAUCCUGGCCCUUUAAUCCACAGGAGAUCAAGGACCUUUUGCCAGACAUGAAGAGGUACUGGCCCGAUCUGCUCCAUCCGUCCAACUGCAGCCUCCAGUUCUGGAGCCAUGAGUGGAAGAAGCACGGGACCUGUGCCGCCCAGCUGGACGCCCUCAAUUCCCAGUGGAAGUACUUCAACAAGAGUCUGGAUCUGUAUAAGGAGCUGGCCCUGAGCAGCGUGCUCCAAAAAUUGGGGAUAGAACCAUCUAUAGAUCGCUACUACCAGGUGUCAGAUAUCAGAGAUGCACUUGUCAGCGUGUACAAAGUCGUGCCCAAAGUCCAGUGUUUUCUGCUAGAGAAGGGCCAGGAGGUGCAGCUCCUCGGGCAGAUGGAGCUGUGCUUCUCCAAGGACCUGCAGCUGCUCAACUGCACCCACGCCGGGGAGCCGGCGGCCCGCGGGCAGGGAGCCUGGCCGAGCCUGGGCCUGCAUGUCUGCGAGGAUGGCCCGGUCCUAUACCCUCCGCUCAACCAGACCAAACUCUGA